UCUAACCGUCCAUGUAUACUCUCUCUCUCUCACCUUUGACCACCAUGGCUCGGUUGGAGGAGCACAACCCAUUUCUCCGAUUUGAAAAAUUCAAAAAAUGGUCUAGAAAAUCUUUUUGUUAUUAGAAAGGAUCACCCUUUAAAUAAUUAGUGUAUUUUUUUUCUUUCUUUAUAAAUAUAUAUAUAUAUCAUCUCCCAACCCAUGUAGUAGUAUUCAGAGAUCCUUAUUUUAGAGAAAAGAAAGAGAAAGGAGUCACUUUCUUCCAAGCCCAGACUCCUUGGUUCUUGUUAAGCUCAAUUUUCAUUCCGGGUAAUCAUUUUUUUUUUAUCUCCUACUUUCUCGCGGAGGCAGGCAGGCGGGUUUUACAUCCAAUUAGGGCUCCGAGAAGGUUUUUAAUUGGCAUUGGGAUUUGGGAUUGAUAUUUUACAUAGAAAGAGAGAUGAUAAUAAAGCGUAACUUCAAAUCGGUAAUGCCAAGACUGAAGCGGUGCCGAGUUAGCGAGUCUGGUGGCGUUGAAGAAGACGAAGAAUCGGAUUAUCGGAAGAAGAGAAAAGUUAAUGGACAUUAUCCUCUGCAUCUCCUUGGAGAAGUCGCCGCAGACAUAAUUUCAUUAAAAGACCAAACUCCUUCCUCGGUUAAGGAGGAACAGCGUAAACUGAUUGGUAGCUUUAAAGUGAUACGCGAUACAGCUGUUACUGCGGAGGUGGUUUCACGUCCUGCAUUGGUCAGGACUUCAAGAGGAAGAGUUCAGGUAUUGCCGUCUAGGUUUAAUGAUUCAAUUAUCCAUCAUUGGAAAAAGGAUAAGACCAAAGUUUGUGAUAAUAGAGAAUUCAGUUUGAAUCCUGAAUUCGCUCAUCAUAAAAACAAAUUAAACUUCAAGAACCUCAAUAUCCGAAGCAACCAAAGAGAGGAAUUAAUGUCCCCUAGAUCGAAGAAGAACUCUAGUUUACAUUUAACUUCCCGUGGCUCUGUUAAUUCAUUCUGGGAGCAAUGGGUUGAAACAGAGAGGUCGCACCCUAUCAAACAUGAACAACCUAGUCGAUCAUUACAGGACAGGGACAUGGACAGCGAGAGGACAAGAGAACUAUAUGGUCCUGAAGAUUUUGUUUCUGGUGAUAUAGUCUGGGCUAUGUCUGGGAAGAAUGAUCCUGUUUGGCCAGCUAUUGUUCUUGAUUCAAAAACCCAAACUCCACGUCAGGUCUUAACCUUCCAGAUUGACAAAACAGUAUGUGUGAUGUUUUUUGGAUAUUCAGGAAAUGGAACGCAACGGGAUUAUGCUUGGGUCAAAAGAGGAAUGAUAUUCCCAUUUCUUGAUUAUGUGGACAGAUUUCAGUGUCAAACUGAGUUGAAUAAUAACAAACCCAGUGACUUCCGGUAUGCUAUAGAUGAGGCCUUUUUAGCAGAACAAGACUUUAAUGAAAUGUUGAUGGUGGAGAUUAAUGCAGCAGCUGGGAACUUCGAUUAUCUAAAUUCUCUAAGAGACAAGAUCCAUGAACCUAGUUCUUCGGGUCAGCAUAAAGAACUUGAAACUCAGAAACAUGAAACUCUUAAGAGAAAAGGGAUGGAAUCGUGUGAUAGUUGUGGAUCCAGUUUGUAUGAUAAUAAACUUUCUUGUAAGGCGAAGGAUUUAUCCGCCGGAGGCCGACUGUGCGAGUCAUGUGCAAGGUUGAAAAAAUUAAAGCGUUCUUGUAGUGUAUGUAAGAAGAUUCGACAUCAUUCUGACAAUACAAGCUGGGUGCGCUGCCAUGGUUGUAAAGGUUUGUUACAUGUUGCAUGUGAUAAAAUUCAUAGCAGCCUUGUGAAGGAUCAUGCUUCUUCUGAUUACAAUUGUCCCGAGUGCAGAGCAAGGUUCAAUUUCGAGUUGUCAGAAUCAGAAAAUUUUCAGUCUAAAGUCAAAAACAAUAAGAAAGAUCUGCCUGACAAGGUUACUGUCAUAUGCUCUGCGGUGGAAGGCAUAUAUUUUCCGAGUCUUCACUUGGUUGUGUGCAAAUGUGGGUUAUGUAGCUCAGAAAAGCAGAGUCUUAGUGAUUGGGAACGACAUACUGGAUCCAAAGCAAAAAGUUGGAAAACUAGUGUGCGAGUGAAAGGUUCCAUGCUAUCACUGGAGCAAUGGAUGCUGCAGAUGGCAGAGUUUCAUUCACGGAGUCUUGUUUCAGUGAAAACUCAGAAACGUCCUUCAGUAAAGAUUCGAAAGCAGAAGCUGCUUACGUAUUUACAGGAGAAAUAUGAACCUGUUUACGUGAAGUGGACAACAGAGCGAUGUGCUGUCUGUAGAUGGGUUGAAGAUUGGGAGUACAACAAAAUUAUUAUAUGUACAAGAUGCCAAAUAGCUGUGCAUCAAGAAUGCUAUGGAGCGAGGCAUGUAAAGGAUUUCACUUCAUGGGUUUGCCGUGCGUGUGAGACACCAGAUAUUAAGCGCGAGUGUUGCCUCUGUCCUGUGAAAGGAGGUGCUAUGAAACCUACUGAUGUUGGAUCAUUGUGGGUUCAUGUUACUUGUGCUUGGUUUCGCCCUGAAGUUGCUUUUUCCAAUGAUGAAAAGAUGGAGCCUGCUGUUGGAAUUUUAGGAAUUCCAUCAAAUUUCUUUGUAAAGAUCUGUGUGGUUUGUAGACAAAUUCAUGGUGCCUGCACACAGUGUUUUAAGUGUUCCACUUAUUUCCAUGCCGUGUGUGCAUCAAGAGCUGGAUACUGUAUGGAGCUGCACUGCUUGGAAAAAAAUGGAAAGCAAGUUACAAAAAUGAUUUCUUAUUGUGCUUAUCACAGGGCUCCAAAUCCAGACAAUGUUCUGAUUGUGCAGACUCCGCUAGGGGUUUUCUCCACCAAAAAUCUUAUCCAUGAUCAGAAACGAACUGGUUCACGGUUGAUUUCCAAUAGGUUGAAACUUCAAGAGGCUCCUCCUACAACUGUGGAGAUCACCGAGUUUGAUCCAUUUUCUGCAGUGAGAUGUCGUAUUUCUAAAAGAAUGAACAACAAGAAGACAGGUGAAGAGGCUAUUAUUCACCGAAUAAAGAGACCUUGUCAUCACUCUGUAAAUGUGAUGCUGAGAUUGAACAGUUUCAUAAAAAUUGAAGAACCCAAAGCCUUUUCCACUUUCAGGGAACGGUUGCAGAACUUGCAAAAAAAUGAAAAUGAUCGAGUGUGCUUUGGGAAGUCAGGAAUACAUGGAUGGGGUCUAUUUGCUCGUAGGAAUAUUCAAGAAGGAGAAAUGGUUAUUGAAUAUCGUGGUGAACAGGUUAGACGCAGUGUUGCUGAUCUGAGAGAGGCACGCUACCGUUUGGAAGGCAAAGAUUGCUAUCUAUUCAAGAUAAGUGAAGAAGUUGUGGUGGAUGCUACAGAUAAAGGGAAUAUUGCACGUCUGAUCAACCAUUCUUGUGUACCGAACUGUUAUGCUAGGAUUAUGAGUGUAGGUCAAGACGAGAGCAGGAUUGUUCUGAUUGCAAAGAUUCAUGUGUUUGCCGGUGAUGAACUGACGUACGACUACUUAUUUGAUCCAGAUGAGUGUGAUGAAUUCAAAGUUGCUUGCUUGUGUAAGAAUGCAAACUGCAGGAAGUUCAUGAACUAGUUAUAUACCCGAUUGGGAGAGAGCUGUAACAAUUUUUUUCUCCGCAAGGAGCACUAACCACCGACCAAACUAAAUGGACCUCACAAGCCUUAACCCGAUUUUGUUCUUUUUGAGUUUAGGUUCAAAUGCAGAUUUUCCUUUUUGUUACAAUUUCUGUUGGAUAACUAUUAAACUAUUGGUUAGAUAUGGGCACUUCUUUUGGAUCUUCUGUACAUAAACCUUCAUGUUUUUUUUCUUAAUCUUUCUUCUUGCUGUUUUA